AUGUCAAAACCAACCACUUCUCUCGAUCCCUCUCGGCACUCAGACGAAAAAUCAACCUUCCAGCACGGUCAUCACCACCACCAUGACAACAACAGUAACAGUACUUUGACGAACAGGGAUUCUGACAUCGCUUACACGGGCGACUACGAUGAAGCAACAAAGAAAGAAAAGGAGGAGAGUAUCGACAUUGAGCUUGCGUCUCUCAGCAGCGACUCUUUAGCAAGGGCAGCAACUACGAGCGAUGAUGAGUUUAUCGAUGGCCCGGUAUACGGUUGGGUGGUUGUCUCUGCUUGCUUUGUGUACCAGAUGGUGUCCAUGGGUCUUUGCAACUCCUUCGGUGUCUUCCAGAAUUACUACCUCACAGAGACGUUCAAGGACAAGGCAACAGUAUUCCAGAUUACAUGGAUUGGCACUCUAGCAAUUACACUUCUGGAUGCCCUCGGCCCAUUCACAGGAGCGAUUUGUGACUACUUCGGGCACCGAACGACAACCCUCAUCGGUGCUUCAGUGAUGACUCUAUCACUAGUCUUGGCCGCUUUCUCGACUCAGGUCUGGCAGCUCUAUCUGACACAGGGACUACUCUAUGGCGCUGGGACCAGUAUGACGUACUUUGCGUCUAUGACCUUACCUUCUCAAUGGUUCACCAAGAACCGUGGAUUGGUGACUGGUAUUGCUAUCAGUGGUGGAGGAAUCGGAGGACUCUGGAUCUCACCGAUAGUCAGCAAGCUGUUGGACAUCAAGGGGUUUAGGUUUACCAUGCUAGUGAUUGCCGCAACUCACUUGGUUCUCUUGAUCCCUGCGGGGCUGUUGUAUAGAGGACGUCGGGAGACGGGACAUGAGAAAGCUCAGAGAAUCAAACGGUUCGGAUGCUGUGAGGCUUACGCGAUCCAACACGGUGUUAAUCAGUCGACGGCCGCACUCAUGGUCGGUCUUAUGAACGGGUCCGCAGCCAUCGGCAGAAUAGUCAUGGGCUUCAUUCUCGACCGCAUCGGACCCAUCAACGCCCUCUGCAUCUCAACCUCCGCCACAACUUUAACACUCUUCUUCCUCUGGAUGUUCGCAAAUACAUCCACAACAAUGAUCAUCUUCUCCAUCGCAUACGGAUUCUGUGGCGGCGCGCACGUCUCGUCCGCCAUCUCUGCAUCCUCGGCGAUCGCAGGGGGACUGGACCGAUUGGGAUCGGUGACGGGUAUCAUGUAUGCGGUGAUGACAAUUGGAUCGACGGUUGGAUCGCCAGUCUCAGGGGCGAUUUUGGACACAGUGGGGCACCAUACGGAUUAUACAGGGGUGAUUAUCUGGUCGGGGAGUGUGAUGCUCAUUGCGAGUUUGGUUCAGUUUUGGAUGAGGUUUGCCACCAGUCGAGAUCUAUUUGCCAAAUUCUAG